AUGCCUGCCUAUUUCUACAAUUUCUCUUCUUAAACUUUGAUUUUCAACCUAACAUUAAACCCUAACCUUAACCACACUGGUAACCUUAUGCCUAACCCUAACCUUAAAUUAAGACCAUAAAGCUCAUUUAUGUUUUCAUGAAUUUUUACGAUAUUGCAGAGCCACGAAGUCAAAAUCUAGUGGAAACCCCACCUACCUAUCUUGUCACCUGUGAUCCCAUUAAAGCCUUUAGUACUGGUGUUGGAUGGAUCUGAACCAUAUGUGUGAAGCAUUUCCCUAAUUUAUUUAAUACUAUAGUUUUUCUAAGGAUAUGGAAUAUUGGACAUUGUUAUAGCAUCUAUUUCAAUUGAUUGGUCAAUGAUCACACAGUACCAGUUAGAUACAACUCAAAAAUGACUUGUCCAUCAUACAGAACCUACCUAUACGGACUGUAGUUAUGGCAACAUACUACAACCAAUCCAAUCGCGCCAUACAUCUGACAGUAAUCUUCUUAACUCAUGGUCGCUGUCCUUAAAGCACCAUUAAAUGCGUAAUGCGGAUUGAAGGCAUGGAUACUUUGAGCGUUAACCCAGACUCUUCAUGUGGUUUUACCAUCGCCUAAAUUUUACUUUUCAAAAUUGUACUUUGUAUGGAAUGAUAACGUUUUGAAACCAUAUAUAUCAUUUAAUCCGAGAUUGACUAUGGUAUUCCGAGUAGAUUACCGCUUUCUCGGCGUGUUUUACGCACCGGAUUUAAAAGGCAUAAUAAUCGGUUAGGCGCCACCCGUUAUUUCACUAAAGUUUAACGACCAAAAUACUGCCCUGGUAUGUUAUCUCUGUUGAGAUUGUUGUGUUUUUACGCACUGGGACUGGGCUAUGAGAAGCUUGUGCGUGGACAGGAUGACAAUCCGGAUACGGGAGCCCGGUUCCUAUGCCGAGCCAUCGCCGUUGGCGCUGACACUUGUUUGGUCCCCGUAGUUCCCGAACCAAACGCGGCGGCUCACGAGGAAGUGUUGAGGAACACAGUCAUGCAGCUCCGUGAAACGGUUCUCCAACAGAAAGAGACGAUAGUCAACCAACUUGGGACCAUAAACGAGCUGACCACCAAGCUCUCCCUCUGCGAGUCAGCCUCCGAGGAAGGGAAGUAUGAAAGUGGUGGAUCUUGGAGUAAAAACAAUCAGAACACAAUGGGAGAUUUACCCAGAGAUCCCAAUGAUACAAUCGACAACCUCGGUAAAACCAUGCAGAGUCUGAAGGACCGACUGGAGAACCUAGAGCAGCAGCAGCAGAGAGCAAACAUGUCGGGAGCGUUGUUCCCCAGCGAGCUGCGAGACCUGCUGCAGCGCAGGCUGGGAGACCUGGAAAACCAGCUGCUCAGUAAGGUCAACAACCUGGAGGAAGAGAAGUCUCUGCUCUACAACGAGACCACAGCCCACAGGCAGAAGACAGAGAGCACCCUCAACUCCCUGCUGACCAGGAUCAAUGAGCUGGAGAAAGGUGGCAGUGGGUUCAAGUCCCCCGAGCAGUUUAAGCUGGUCCUCCCCCUGCGUACUAACUACCUGUACGGCCGCAUGGCCAAGAGCCUUCCUGAGAUGUACUCUUUCACUCUCUGCAUGUGGCUGCGGUCCAGCGCCGGCCCUGGCAUAGGCACCCCCUUCUCCUAUGGGGUGCCAGGACAGGCCAAUGAGAUUGUCGUCAUGGAGUGGGGAAACAACCCCAUAGAGCUGCUCAUCAAUGACAAGCAUCUGUACUCCUCUCCUAUGUUACCUGUCCAGGUGGCUCAGCUGCCUCUAUCAGUGCGUGAUGGGAGGUGGCGACACAUCUGUAUCACCUGGACCACCAGGGAUGGUCUGUGGGAAGCCUACCAGGAUGGUCAGAAGCUGGGGGCAGGGGAUAACCUGGCCCCCUGGCACCGCAUCAAGCCUGGAGGAGCCAUCAUACUGGGGCAGGAACAGGACAUGGUGGGCGGGCGCUUUGACGCCACACAGGCCUUUGUGGGUGAGCUGAGCCAGGUUAACAUCUGGGACAAGGUCCUGAAGCCAUCUGACAUCCUCACCAUGGCCAACUGUUCCUCCUACACCCCCGGGAACGUGGUGUCCUGGCUGGACAGUGAUGUGGAGGUGUUUGGAGGGGGAGCAGCCAAAUUGGCUCUAGAGAUAUGCCAGGACCGGCUGUCUGAGACUGAGUCUUAGGAUGUCUGUCUGUGGCGUGUUGAGAAUCAUGUUCUGGAUCUUGACGACUACUGUACCUGCUACGUGUAAUGCUGGUCAUGUGUUUCGUUUGUCUGUGUAAGGAAAGGCCGAUCUACCUAAUUCCAGAUGAUUCUACUACACAGAGAUCCAGUUUUACACACACUGGCAAACACAGACUUAAUGACACUGGAUUUGGCAUGUGAGGCUGGCUUAGGCAUGCGUGUGGCAUGGGAGGUGUAAGGUACACAGAUUAGCCGUCCCAGGAAUCACAGAGUAACUUACGUCCCAGGCCACAAACAGUAACCUACAUCCUAGGACUCACAUACAGUAAUCUAAGUCUCCUGAUGGAAGUCAUUAAAGCCUUUUGCACCUUGAGUGGAGAGCAGAUUUAGGGGAAUAUCUAAACAAACAUUCGCCAGGUGACCGCUAUGUUGAAGGUUUUCAAUAACCUAUAGCAGAGAUGGACUAGUUUUGAUCUUUGAGUUAGUUGGUAAACAUUCCAUAGUUAUGUGUGGAAAUCUGUGUUCUUGUGGCAUCAUGUCUGUUGUACUAUAAUGUUGAUAAGGUUUCAUUAUCACCCAUACUGUUUUCAAUACCCCAAGUCCACCUCAAUGCCUGCAGCAGUAUAUUUUGUUGUCUCAAAAAACUGUUCCGUAAUUAUCCUCUUGUUGUUAGGGACACGUUGGUUUGUUUAGGUCUACAAUGUCUGUGCAGUGGUAGUUUCCAAGAACAAACAAAGCGUAAUUUAUAUGGGAGCAUUGUUACUGUUAAAUAUGUACAUAUAAUUUUUCAAGCAGAUAAGAACAAUUCAUUAUGUAUGAUAUGAACAAUACGUUCAUGUGUACGAGUGUCUCUUUCCAUGAAAACAAUGUUCGGUGUGUAAAGUUAUUUAAUUGAGAUACAUUGUUGAUUUUGCUCAAGAGACAAUGCUUACUUUUCAUGUGGCCUUUUGAAGAUGUUCUUCCAGAUGCACUUUACUAUGCUAAUUAUUGCCAAAUUAACAAGAAUGUGGAAAAAAAAAAAAAAAGACAAAUAAAACAUUAUUGAAAAG